CUCCACUUCAUGAGAUCACCCCACUUCAUGAAAUCACCCCAGACAGACGCUUUACCAUACCAGUUACUCAAGUCAUUCAAGUAAAUCUUUUCAGCUUUUUUGUCUUGUCCUUAAGUUUGCUGUUGAGAAAUUUUGUUACACUUCAGCUCCAACUAUGAAAUAUGUUUGUUUUUUUUAAAAAUAUAAACUAAAGUCUAUGAUCUUUAACUUUAAUAUAGCAUUUAUCAAAUUCAUUUUAGAUCAAUAUCUAGCUGAGUUCUGACACCUUUAACUAUGUUAUAAUCCAUCCCAUUGUUUUAAAUAAAAUAGGUGCUAAAUUUUAAUGUAACUUCCCAAACAAUGGGAUAAAAUAUUCAUAUUCAAGUUAAUUAAAGAGAAUAAGAAACGUUUCGGAUUCUGAGCUCCAGUUAAACUAUUAAUGGCUUUUAAAUCACAUUAAACAUUUUCAGCAUGGGAAAAUUGAAGUUGAAAAUAUUUGUUUUAUUUCUUCCUUUCAAUUUCUUUUCAGCAAAACUUUUCAAUCUUCAGUUCCAUGAAGUCGUCUAAAAAGGAAAUUGAAGCCAGUGGAAAAACAAUUGGGGCUUUUAAGAAGAGAGGUGUGAGAAGUAAGUCCAACGAGCUUUUGUCAGGAAAUGACUUGACGCCCAGUCAAAAAUUGUCUCAUCUCGUCAAGCGUCAGCUCUCCGUUGGCCCUCAAACACCUGGCUCAUGUGCAGUUAACCCCAUUGAAGUGGGUGGCGGCAGAAGUGACGAGGAUGUAUCUAAAAAACAGGAUUUGAGCUGUGUUGAGAUUGCCAGGGACUUAGUUCUGACUCCAGUUAACCAGAAAAGACUGCCAAGCCAGUGUAUAAAUACCUCUGAUCCAGGUCAGUCGUCAGUUAGUCCAGCAUCUGUUGUAGAGACAAUUUCUGAGCCAGGAGACAAAGUUAAACUCAGGAUUUUAACAGAGGUGGCUAAACCUGGGCAAAGCGCACAUAUUUUCGAAAUUCCUGAACAACUUCAUGUCUUAUUUGGCGGGAAUAUCCGACUGCCCUUGUCUAACAAAAUUAGACUUGUCUACAUCAUUGAGCCACCAGCUUCACCUGGGCUCAAACCUUCUGCAAAAAUCAUAAAGAUGUCUGAAGAAGAAAAGGACAGAAUGUUGGCUCUGCACCAUUCUAAUUCAUCAAGUUCCCUGUUUAUUCCAGAUGCUGUGAAGACAAAUACUGUGCCAGAGACUCAACAGGCUCUACCUCAAUCUGUGCCUGUAUCAGAGGCUCGGAAUCUCAGCGUUCUGGGGUCAAUGUCAAGCUGUUCCACUACACAGACCCCGUUGUCAGCACCAACUGUGUCUUCCGAUUCUAGAUCGCACCAGAUGCUUUCCACAUUACCUCACAAUAAAGCUAAGCCAACCGUUAGACAGACUCUAUUUGUGACACCUAAAAAAGAGAUAGCAGAACCAAGCCACACACAAAGUCACCUGAAUUCAUCUCAUUUGAAUCAAACCCCAUCCAAAGUUGGACCAGGUGUUGAGGUGACGUCUCCUUUAUGUGAAAAGAGUUCAUUAAAAGUGGACACGACGACGGGAGGGGAAUCUUCAUCUAGUUCUCUAUUGCCAUCUGAUGACCGUCCUAGUCUGUUGACUCAACACUCAAACAUUGCUCACCCUUCAAAUCACGCGAUGGGUUCAGACUCUGUUAACCUGCCUGCUGAUAGGGUCAUCGUCUCACAUGCUCCUACCACUAACAAGAAGAGGUUGUUCAAACUACAGAAGAGCCCAACAGAAGUUGGAAUAACUGGAGCAGACGUGAGUCACUUGGUUAACUCCACACCGAAAACACCAGCACGUGGCAGCAAGGCGUUAGAAUCAAGUGAUAAAGAAGUCACGGAGUGCACAAAAUCUCCCCUUUCAACUUUUGUGGCCCCCGAUGCAGAUGAGAAGAAAGCAGAAUCACAAGAGGAGGAAAUUUUGAUCAGACGCAAGUCAAAGAGGAGAACAAGCUUAACACAGACUGGCGGCAGGAAGAAAUGUAAGGGAGAUAACCGUAGGAGUGAAUCUUUAACUCGUGCGGUGAGUGAUUUUAAAAAUUCAAAUGAACCUUUGGCAUUGAUUGUGGGAAGCACCCGUCAUCAUUCUCCGAGAGGUUCAGAAGUUUGGAAAUUUAUUUCUAUAUGUAGCCUUUGACAUUUCCUUUGCUUACUCUUUGUGCGAACAACAUUGCUGUCAUUUGGAUUUUUUUCGUACACAUUUUUUUGUUAUGUACUAACGGGACUAAUCUGUGCACUUAAAAUAAUGUUUUGUUAAAACUUGAGCUUGUACUUUUAAAAAAUAAUCAAAAUGCUUUCAAAUUAAUUGAUUGCUAUUGUUAUACAUUUAGUUACAUGUUUAGCAAAUUUAAAAAAAAAAUAAUUCUAUUUUUAUGAGUAGACAAAAUAUGUUUUAAAUCUGUAGGACAAGGCCAGAAUUGUGGAAUUCAAGUGCUCCAACUGUGGCAGUGUAUUGCUGGGAGAUAAGCGUGAUGCAGGUCUGUAGCAGAUAUCAGUAUCCGUUUUAUUUAAUUAAAUAAAGACAUAUUAAGUUGUUGACCAUUAAAUUUUAAAUCACUUGAAAGUCUCUGCGCAAGUGUUAGAUUCAGAAUGAUUCUGUAGUUUCAUCCUCUGCCUACGGAUGUGGUGCUUUUGAAUAUUCAAAAUUUUCAAAGCGGGGAUAAAAGAAGUUUCAAACAACCCAAAAUUAAUGAUGAUGAACUCAACAUUUUAUUAACUGCAAAUGGCGUUAGCAGCGGUGACCAGAACACAGCAGCACUCAGAGACCGACCUGCACAUUUUUCACCAUGGCCUUAGGCUGACUUGUAAAGUUGUACAUGGCAAAUGACUUUAAGAUUAAAAUACCUAAGAAUAUGGCUCUUUAAACAAAUAAUUGAUUUAUUGUGCUAAUUAAAAUAAACAAAAGAUUCUCACUGAAAGGACACUGUUGAUAUAAAUUCCUGCUCUGCCCAAGCUUUGAUAAGUGUUUGAAAUAUUAACUACUUCAUUUUAUCAAGCAUUUGUUCCGAACAGAUUUCCAAGCACUUCCCAACAUUCCCGAAUUCCUUCAAGAUCCAAGUGCAACAACACAGGGGACGAAUCACAGUUGCAUAUUUUUCCCAGCUAACACUGCCAGAGAAGGCCUGGAGGCCAAGCCUAGCUUGAAUAUAGGUAAACUGUCACACACAGACAUUGUUUGGCCAAGCCUACUGAGAGUAAAUAAAUGACAAGAGUGGGGUGGCUCAAAACAUUCAAGUAAACAAAUAGUGAUGUGCACUUACGUUCUUUAAUUCUAUAUGAACAAAUAACAUGCACAAAUAUUCAGAAUGAAAAGCAUAGUCUGUGUACUGCCUCAGUAAAGUCUUGCAUACUGCAUCAAAAAAGUCUGAGUAAUGCCUCGGUGAAGACUUGAGUACUGUCUCAGUGAGGUCUUGAGUACUGCCUCAGUGAAGCCUUGAGUACUGCCUCAGUGAAGUCUUGAGUACUGCCUCAGUGAAGUCUUGAGUACUUUUCCUAAGAAUGAAGUGUAAGCACUAACUAACAGACUAACAAUCUUGUGCAGCUGCCAAAUAUUAGAAAACGUCUCCAGAUGAGGUACUUUUUUUACACUUGACUUACUUUGAUGAUGUUUAUUGACCUUAAACAACUUCUUCCUCACCAUGCUCACUAUCAUCAUCUGCAUCAUUGGACAGUGUUUCAACUUCAGUUGCUGCACGUUUUCUGAUUUCUUCCUUUUUAUUUGAAACAAAGCGUUUUCUACGUUUUUUGCUAAGUUUGUGUCAAUUCCACUGAUAUCAUAUUUCCUCUGAGAAUGCUGUUCAACAAGAAUUUUUUUUGUUUAAAUCAAUUUAUCAGACUGAGUUGAUUGUGGUGUGAAAUAUCAUAAAUUUAUCAUUUUGAGUUAAUUGUGGUGUGAAAUAUCACUUUAUCAGAUUGAGUGCAUUGUGGUUUGAAAUAUCAAAAAUUGUGCUUAUUAAUGUUCAAUAACUAAGUUUCUUUUACACUAGGUUUUUUUUUUAUUCCGGCAUAACAUUACGAUAUUUGUUGAGUUAUGCCUCUAACUUUCAAACAACACUUCUUUCUUCUGACGCCAAAAUUUGAGCUCUGACACAAAUUUUAAAAAAAUCUUCUCAGUGACAAUUUUUAUGGCACUUUUUGUGCUAAGUUGUUGGUCUUGUGCUGGGGUACACCUUCAAAACACCACUUGAAGUCGGCAGGGUAAUACCAUCAAAAUCAUUUGGUGGUUCCCCAAGUAGAUAAGAAGCCGUCGUAGCUAUUAUUCUCCUGCAUAGAUAGUCUCCUAGUCUCAGAGGGCUGUGAAUUGCAUUUGAGCUGAUAUAUUGCUCAGGCAUUUUUUACAUGUAAAGGAAAAAGGAAAUUAACGUGUGUUUGAAUUUCAUUAAUGUUUAUUUUUCACUAUAUGUUGUGAACUUACUGCAUAAUUCAUGUUUGUUUACAAUUUUGCUCUUAUCAACAUCUUGUUCGGUGGGUGUGAUUGUGUCUUUGAAAAUGUUAUGCUUUGUAAUGAUGAAAGGUACUUAAAAUCUGGCUUUGUGGGCAUACAUUAAAUAACACUUGCUGAGAAUGCUCAAGUGGCGUUCUGUGUUUUUGAAUAGCAGGGCAAAAAGAUAUAAAGUAAAUAUUUAUGAAAUUUCAAAUUCUGCUCGCUAUCUGAUAGACUACGUUGCUGCAAACAAUUACUGGCAUAUGAAAUCUUGUCACUCUGACCUUUCUGUGAGAUACCAUUGAAAAGCCAAGAAAGGGGAAUGUGUUGUUAAACAAAAUAUUCAGUUUAAAGUCAGAUUGCUACAAAAAAAUUUGAGAUGGCCCACAAAAAACAUUGAAAUCCUAAUUCAAAUGUGGAUGCGGCAAAUGACACUGAAAUCUUGUAAUCCUAUUUGGUCUCUCUUUAUCAAGGUUUAAACACCAAGUAUAUUGAACAAGAAGAAAUUUGUGUCCAGUUCCUCUACUGUGGUCAGUGCAUCACCACCGGCUCCCAGUCGAUACAACCUGCGGGGGCACAGGUCCAACUAGUCGCCAAUGCCAGGGCCAGAUUCAGCAAAGGACAGGUAGGAGAUUUACUUGUUGUUUUUAACCAGAAUUCCCUGAAUGAAUGGAAUGCCUUAAUGCCGUUGAUGUGAAGAUUAGAAAUAAAUAGAUAAUACAAAAAUAAUUUUAAGGGAUUUCAGCAUUUUGGAAACAAAAUACUGUAAUUUUAAGUGAUUUCAGCAUUUGGGAAAUAAAAUACGGUAAUUUUAAGUGAUUUCAGCUUUGUGAAAAUAAAAAAUGGUAAUUAAAAGCACCUUUUAAAAAUCAGUUGAUUUAUUUAUUUGCUUUUGUAACACAUCACUAUCUUGUCAUUUGACAAAAUUACAAAUAAGUUAUAUUUAGUCAUCCUUCAAGGAUGCAGAUAAUCUUGGAGGUUACUUAUAUUACACUUGCAAUUACUUAAACUACACUUGUAAUUACUUAUCUUACACUUGCAAUUAUUGAGUUCAUUACCUCUCUUGGCUACAAUGGGUUAAUCAAUCCUUCAAAUUUCGCACUUCAGAUAUGGCUCUUUUCAAGUCAAGUACAACAAGAAGAUAAAACUCCUGAUGUCUCAAAAGGUGUUUACAACUCCAUUGGGUUAUAA